GGUAUAUGUAUAUUAUUGUGGUAUAUUGAAAUCAGUGUUACUAGUAGUAUGGCAUCCAGGGCACCGAUAGACGAUGUCCUCGACAACCUUCAGCUCGUUGGAAUCUCAGUGUCACACUUUCUGCUGGAGCUGCUUGCCAACAAGAAAUAUAUCAAUCAUAUUGCUGUCAAAGAUAUCCUACACAACAGACAUCAAAUUGUUGAUGCUCUUUCGACGAGUGCAGAGGAAUCUCCGAGAACUGAGCUUAAAUGGGCUAUGGAUCUCGUCAAGGACAUUUGUGUGCACAAAAUGGUGGUGCUGUCGGCAAAGGAGAGUGGUUAUCACUUCGAUGUGGUACAUACAGCACCAGAGCAAUUAGAGGAUUUCAGUAUUGAGGAACUGGCUAAAGACAUGGAAAAACUCGCACCUGUAACAUGGGACUUCCUCAAUACAAUGUUGUCCGCAAGAAUGCAGCGAAAAACUGGUGCCGUAAAAGAGCGCAAUGAGCAUCAGCUCGUGGCAGGCAUGGAUAGUGACGAAGAAGCUUAUUGGGAGGAGCUUGGUGAAGGAGAUCUCGAAGGAAUCAUUUCCGGACUCACCAAUGAUGCAGAAUCCAGUCUCGAGAAUCAGCGGAAAGCCAAAGCUUUGCUGAGAAAAGUCACAGUUUUGAGUAUAAUGAUGAGAAGCACAAACCAGAGAUCCAAUACCUUGCAAAGCUUGGUGGGGAUGUUCCUGCAGUCCACGCACACCCCACAAAAGGUGAUUGAGAUGCUCAAACGAAUGGGAGUUUCUGUGUCUGUCAAUGCAAUCUUCACAGCUACACACUCAUUAUCGGCGCAAACUCACCGCACACUCCGCUCGCUCGGACAAUCGCUCCUCGCUACCUAUGCGUAUGACAAUUUUGACGUCGACCUGAAAACUCAUGAGCACAAGAUCGAAAACUCGACUGAAUCACUGAAACAUCUUACAUCCGGCUUAAUGUUCCCCCUGCAGCACUGCACUUCACAAGAAGAUCUCAGAUCGUUGCCGAAACGGGGGUGGAAGGACUUGCUCAGCCUUCAACCAGACACACCAAAUCUAUCAGGACUUACAUGUCGCGACCACUUUAAUUCCUGGAAGUUUCUUACCGACCUCAUAACAUAUGGACCGCCAUACUUCACGCAGUUUAAAGACUGGCUGCGUGAACCGGAGCUUGUUGAGGGCAUCCCCGUCGUUAAAACACCUACUAUGGCUGCAUCAGCAAUGGAUGUUAGCAACUCUACUGUGGCCGGAAAUAUACAAAGUGUUAUCAACUUACUCGAGCAAGGUGGGAUCGCGGAACCUAAUAGCUUCGAUGAUCCUGAGAUCCCUGAUAUCUCAGAGUAUGUCGUUAUGUUUCAUGGCAACCUGGGCACAGGUAAACGACUGCAAGUGGUACAGCAGCACCGUGCAAUUGAAAACUCACCUUGGGAUCGAUUUCAACAUGUUGUGUUUGUCCCAGGAAUGUUCCAUUUGAAGAUGGCGGCUGCAGACUCCAUAUGUCUCAUGCGAGACAUGGGCGUGUUGCGUCCCAAGGAGACAGGCCAUUAUGGGUCGAAGCCAGGGUUUUGCCGGAUGCAUCAGUUGAUUGGCUAUGAUGGCAUAUGCCAUCGUCUUGAUUGUUGGAGGAUCGAAGCCAGAAAACGCAUGAAUUAUGUGGAUCUUGAGGUGUUUGCAGCAUCAGAGCCGUCAUACGAAGAUCUACAAGCGAUGGCAGACUCACUUGCACGGGAUUAUGUCGCUGAUCACAAAAUUCGACGUAUGCGGAACAAAUCAGCAGCGGAGCGUGACCAGCAACAUGAAAAUGGCCUCCUUCUAAACAAGUAUGUACUUCUGUUUGAAGAGUUGUCAUAUGCGAUGAACAUCGGUGAUAUCGGUCGACUGGAGACUUGCCUUGUUACAUGGAUCCUGAUGUUCAAAGCGACCAGCAAACACAAGUACGCCAAUACAAUGUUGGAGUUCUUGUGCAAUGUGCACUUUGUGUAUCCUGAAGGGCUAAAACACGCGGUUCGUUAUCAUAUCCUUAUCAAACCCACAGGAAAGAAGGGUAAAUUGCGUGGGGUUGACUGGUGCAUAGAGCUAAACAAUCUCUUCACAAAGGGACAGGAAUUGAUGAGCGCCGGUGAUGGAGUAGAUGUAGUGGACGGGGUGGAAGAGGGAGCUAUGGAUGUGGACAUGGACGACGGUCGAGAUGAACAUGCGCUGAUCGAGGACGUUACAGUAGAAUUAUGA